CACGUCCAGAGCCGGCGCCGUAGCCUGAGCCAGGGGAGGCUAGCUAGUGUAGGCAUCGCCGAGGCCGCGGAGCCCCGCCGGGCCUCCCCUGCAGCCGCCAUGGGCAUCAAAUUUUUAGAAGUUAUAAAACCUUUCUGUGCAGUUCUACCAGAAAUUCAGAAACCCGAAAGGAAAAUUCAGUUUAGAGAGAAGGUACUAUGGACUGCUAUAACUCUCUUCAUUUUCUUAGUAUGUUGUCAGAUACCACUGUUUGGAAUCAUGUCAUCAGAUUCUGCAGAUCCUUUCUAUUGGAUGAGAGUUAUUCUUGCAUCCAACAGAGGAACUUUAAUGGAGUUGGGUAUCUCCCCAAUUGUAACGUCUGGUUUGAUUAUGCAGCUGUUAGCUGGAGCCAAAAUCAUUGAAGUUGGAGAUACACCCAAAGAUAGAGCUCUGUUCAAUGGAGCCCAGAAAUUAUUUGGUAUGAUCAUUACCAUUGGGCAAGCCAUUGUGUAUGUCAUGACGGGAAUGUAUGGGGACCCCGCAGAAAUGGGUGCUGGGAUUUGUCUUCUCAUCAUUAUACAGUUGUUUGUUGCUGGUUUGAUUGUGCUGCUGUUAGAUGAGCUGCUACAGAAGGGUUACGGCUUGGGGUCUGGUAUUUCCCUCUUUAUUGCCACCAACAUCUGUGAAACCAUUGUCUGGAAGGCCUUUAGUCCCACUACCAUUAACACUGGCAGAGGUACCGAGUUUGAGGGAGCAGUCAUAGCUCUGUUUCAUUUGUUGGCCACCAGGACAGACAAAGUCCGAGCUUUGAGAGAGGCUUUUUAUCGGCAGAACCUACCCAAUCUCAUGAAUCUCAUUGCAACAGUUUUUGUAUUUGCUGUUGUUAUAUACUUUCAGGGAUUUCGAGUUGACUUGCCUAUCAAGUCGGCCCGCUAUCGUGGGCAAUACAGUAGCUAUCCCAUCAAGCUCUUCUACACCUCCAACAUCCCCAUCAUUCUUCAGUCUGCCCUGGUCUCAAACCUGUAUGUCAUCUCCCAGAUGCUGUCUGUGCGAUUUAGUGGCAACUUUUUAGUCAACUUACUAGGACAGUGGGCCGAUGUCAGCGGGGGAGGACCUGCCCGUUCCUACCCCGUUGGAGGCCUGUGUUACUAUCUUUCUCCUCCUGAGUCCAUGGGUGCCGUAUUCGAGGACCCUGUCCACGUAGUUGUUUAUAUCAUCUUCAUGCUGGGCUCGUGCGCAUUCUUUUCUAAGACAUGGAUAGAGGUGUCUGGUUCCUCAGCCAAAGAUGUAGCAAAACAGCUUAAAGAACAGCAAAUGGUAAUGAGGGGUCACAGAGAUACCUCUAUGGUUCAUGAGCUUAAUAGGUACAUCCCCACGGCAGCUGCGUUUGGUGGUUUGUGCAUUGGUGCCCUGUCUGUGUUAGCCGACUUUCUGGGGGCCAUUGGAUCUGGCACUGGAAUUCUGCUUGCAGUCACUAUUAUUUAUCAGUAUUUUGAAAUAUUUGUUAAGGAACAGGCUGAAGUUGGUGGGAUGGGUGCUUUGUUUUUCUAAAUGUUCAAAUAUUUUUGUGUGUGUGUGAAAGGGAAAAUAUUUUGACACAUUGUUUUUGUCAAAUGAUGCUGUGUCCCUUUUUCUUCCCUCAGUUUGUUUUCAAGUGCUGACUGUCCCAUUUCUGAAAUGGGCAUGAGCUAAGCCUGUGAGCAGCAUUAGUAUCAGCUGCCUUAACACUGAAGUUUACAUGACUUGGUAAAGAUGUCCAGUGUUUUCUGUAAUGCUGGAAACCGAUGCAUCUACACCUUGCUGUGUUGAUCAGGACAGUGGGACAGUGACACGGAUUUGUUGUGCACACAACAUUCAAAACAUUGAAUAUUCCCCACCGUGUUUAAAAAUAAAUAUAGCUCAACUUGCCACUUUCCAGUAUUUUUGAGCCUACCUAAUGAGUUCUGGAACAUUUGUAUCUAAUCUAUAUUUUAGAUAAUUACUUUUUAUACUUUUUUAACUCAUAGUAUCCAUGUUUCCUACCCUCCCGCUCUACACCAUCCCCCCACCCCACCUUUAUUUAUCUCCUCCCAAAACAGCCACUUAGCCCAGAUGGGCACCAUCAAGCAUUGAAGUUAUUUUUGUCACUAGGAACCUCUGCUUCUCGUUACUCUACCUGCUUUUCAUUGCUCCUUUUUUCCCCAGUGACAGCAUAAUCGGUGCUGUUUGACUGUAUUGGCUAUGCCUUCUGAUUCUACCCAGUCACUUGAGAAUACUCCUUAAAAUAUUAUGCCCCAGUUUUCUUUUUCUUUUUUUAAAAAAAAGUCCCUAAAGCAAAGAUCUAAUUCUCAAGCAAUGUCUGUAGUUCAGUGGGGGUGAACAAUGAGUAAUUCAUGCUAGGAAUUUAUGUCUGUUGUACUUAUAGCAGCAACAUGAGUGUAAACAGUAGACAAUAAAGUUUUAUUUAAUAAAACAGUUUCAGGUGUGUUGGAAAAAUAAAGAAAUCUGAUA